AUGGUUUCUUCAAGAGUACUACUUUUCUUCCUAUCCGCCAUUUUCAUGCCCACUGCCCAAGCUGUCGCGCGGCCGGCCUUCCUUUACCAUUUUUGUGCACUCGACCAGGGUAACUACACAGGUAACAGUACCUAUGAGGAAAACCUCAAUGGCCUCCUCUUCUCCCUCUCCUCCAACACCGAAAUUGACCAUGGGUUCUACAAUUCCUCUUACGGCCGAAACCCUGACCAAGUACAUGCAAUUGGACUUUGUAGAGGAGAUGUUAACCCAGAUGCUUGCCGUGGUUGCCUCAAUAACGCUGCGUCUCUUCUCAUGGAGAGUUGUCCCAAUCAGAAGGAGGCAAUUGGAUGGUACGACUACUGUAUGUUACGAUACUCAAACCGCUCCAUUUUGGGCGUCGAGGAAACUAGUCCAAGUUUCUAUAUGUGGAACGUGAACAACGUAUCGGCCAAUUACGUGGAUCAAUUCAACGAUGAUCUUAGGAGCUUGUUAGAAAGCCUAAGACGUAAAGCUGUAGCUGGUGGUCCUCUUCGUAAGUUUGCAGCAGGAAACGCGACGGAACCGAACUUCCAAACAUUAUAUGCGCUUGUGCAGUGCACACCUGACUUGUCUGAAGAAGAUUGCAACAGUUGCUUAGUUGAGGCUUUUAAACAUAUUCCACAAUGUUGUGAUGGGAAGCAAGGUGGGCGAGUGAUCACACCCAGUUGCAAUAUCAGGUUUGAGGUUUUCCCGUUCUAUAACCCUACAACUCCUGCGUGGCCUACACGUACACCAACCAAUGAAAAUAAAAGAGAAGUUGUGGCACUAAUCAUCGGCCUGGGCAUCCGUACGAGUGUGAAGUACGUGUGCCGAAGGAAUAACGACGGAACUACGAAUGAAAUUACACGCAUAGAAUUGGAAUCCUUGCAAGUAAACCGUGGUUCUGAAGCAAAUAAGCAUGGGCAAGGUGGAUAUGGUACUAUUUACGAGAGGUACACUCAGAUUAAGAAGAAGCUCAGUGGCAUGCGGAAGAAGAAAAAUGGAUCUUUUGUCACUCCCAAUAUUAAUGAAGAAGAGAUCCACGAGGACCUGCCUAUUCCUGAUGGAUCCUCGGAAACUGAUGAUGAUGCAGUCCAGUUAAGGCCCCCAAGACGGUGGCGGCGGCCUUCCUCAUCCUCUUCAUCACGCUCAUCCCACGUGAGUCAGCUCACUAGGGAGUUGGAUGAGUAUAAGAAGAGGUGUGAGGAGGCAGAGAGAGAGGUUCACAGACAGCAAGAGAAAAUAAGCUCCGUUCAUAGAGAGAUGCAGGAGGAAGUGAACUCCAUGAAGAGACAACAAACACAGCGGCAGCAAGAAAUGGAAGCCAAUCAGAGACAGAUGGAGCAGCAAAUUCAGUUUCUCAUGUCACAACUCCAACUCCGUAGAGACGACGUCCCUCCUAAAUAG